AUGGCCAGUUACCGCUUCGUCGUCCAGCAGAUCAGCAGACACUUUGACGGGUGCGAGUUCAUCCACGUGCCACGGGCCAACAACGAAGAAGUCGACGCCCUGGCACGGAUUGGCUCUACCCGGCAGGCCAUUCUAGUCGGCUUCUCCCUCGAGUGCUUGCGUAAGCCGUCUAUCCAACCUCCACCAGAAUCAGAAUCCAUCUUCAUGCCAGCUGACCCUGGAGUAGCCGGAUCCGGCUUGGGGACUUCAGUAGCCUGCCCGGGGAAUUCUGCAGGCGGCUCGGGGGCUGCAACACCCAAACCCGGCCCGAGGAUUCCAGAACCCGACCCGGGGACUUCCACGAUGCAACAAGGAGCAGACGGCUCCAACCCGCUGCCUCCCAACCCGGCCACCCCAACGCCGGUUGCUGUCACGACAGUGGUGGAAGCCCCGUCUUGGGCGCAGCCCAUCCUCAACUUUCUGGUGAGUCGCGAGCUCCCAGCCGACGAGGUCUUGUCCCGGCAGGUGCAACACCAGGCGGCUGUGUACACGAUCAUCAACAGAGAGCUCGUCAGGCGUAGCACAACUAGUGUCUUCCAGCGCUGCGUCGAGCCGGAGAAGGGCAUUGCUAUCCUCCGAGGCAUCCAUCAAGGUGAAUGUGGUCACCAUGCCGCCUCCAGAGCCCUCGUUGCCAAAGCUUUCCGCCAUGGUUUCUUCUGGCCGACUGCUCUGGAUGACGCCAAGGAGUUGGUCCGGAAAUACAAGGGGUGCCAGCGUUUCAGCACCAAGCAACACCUGCCGGCUUCAGCACUCAAGACCAUUCCCAUCACCUGGCCAUUUGCCGUAUGGGGA